AAUGCAGCGAGGAGGAAACUGGUGCAUCGCCGGUUGCAGCCAGACCGGCCAUCCUGAGCGAGUCUGAGUACAACCUUCUAGAAGCGCUGGACAUUGGCAUUGACCGCCCGCUGACCACUACACCAUUCUUGACGCUCUACCGGCGACGGGAGCGACAGCCCGUUUUGCAGCCGUGGAGUCACCUGAUGAACAUCCUGGACGACUCUUACCACGGCGUGUCGGAGCGUCUCCUUGGGCAAGUGGACCGGUGGGCAUUCAACACUUUUGCCCUGGACGUGUCUUCGGGUGGCCGCUCCAUGCCGCUACUGCUGGUGCAUCUCUUCCACGAGUACGGCUUCCUGGGAAGCUUCAAGCUGGACGUAGUCCGCGUCUGGCACUGCUUCAAUCUCAUAGCGGCCGGUUACCAUAGCAACAACCCUUAUCACAACUCCGUGCACGCUGCUGACGUCACGCAGGCCAUGCACUGUUUCCUGUUAGAGAGCAAGAUCCGAGAGCACAUGACCCCGGUAGAAGCCAUGGCGGCUCUUAUCGCCGCCGUCACCCACGACCUCGAUCACCCGGGGGUGAACCAACCAUUCCUUAUCGCUACUUCCAACCACCUGGCAGCCUUGUACAAGAAUUUCUCCGUGUUGGAGAACCACCAUUGGCGCUCGGCCAUAUCUUGCCUGCGGCAGUCCGGGAUAUUCGAUCACCUGGACAGGUCUGUUUGGGAUGAAAUGGAGUAUCAUAUACGAAGCCUCAUCCUGGCAACAGACAUCACUCGGCAGCAGGAGUUCCUGUCAAGGUUCAAGCGAUACAUGGAGAACAAUGCGCUCGACAUGGCCGACAAGGAAUACCGUCAUUUCAUUCUCCAGAUUGCUUUAAAGUGUGCUGACUUGGGAAACCCCUGCCGUCCUUGGGAUAUCAGCCACCGGUGGAGUCUCCAGGUUUGCAAGGAGUUCUACAGGCAAGGUGACUUCGAAAAACGGUUGAACAUCCCAGUCACACCAAUCUGUGAUAGAGAAAGGACGACUGUUGCCAAGAUACAAGCAGACUUUUUCAAGUUCGUUGUGAGCCCGCUGUUCGAGAUCUGGGACCAGUUUCUGGGCACCGAGCUGUCCCGUGAGCUCCUCAACAACCUGCGUCUGAACCAUGUUCAGUGGGAGAAGAAAGUGGCCAUUGAAGCUAUAGCCGCUUCAUCCUUCGAGACGGACCUCAACGCUCCUCUCGCGUCCGAGGAGGAAGAAGGAGACCUCGAGUUCGAAGACGAGGAAGAGACGCUGCCUCCACUCCUCACGAGGGGAAGAGGCGGUGCCGCUGCUUACUCCUGGAUGGAAGAAUCGUUAGGGUCGAGCGCUUGGGGACGCCGCCACAGUAUGCCGCUCAGCCUGCCUAAGCUGCCGUCAAGGACGGUCAUCCGAAGACGCAGACAAUCCCUGCCCCUCAGCUCUCUUGCCUUGCCACCGCAGCCGGACCAGACUUCAGAGGUGCCGGCUGGUCCAAGGUCACCGCGGGUCUCGGCUGAAGACCUGCAGCCCACGACUAGUCUUCUGUCACUCUCCAGCACAGCAGAGGGAGCUCCUGUUACCUCGCUGCUGCAGAGGAGCUCCAGGGAAAGUGAACGCCGCCUGGUACACCAGCCGGUCUCGUAUCCACCAUACCGGAGGACGUCGGAGCCGUUCGUGGCCGCUGCGUCGAGAAGACACUUUCCACGAAGGUCGGAGUCUGUGUUCGCGUUUACUUCGACUGAGGUUGAACCGUACGAAGAGGUUCCGGGAGGCGAGGUUGAAAACAAGCGGCAACAGGAAGAUGAAAAGGACUUCGUUCAACCAACCGGCUCAAAAGGCAAUGGCGAUUCGGCCAAAGAAGGUGAUACUUCGAGGCCUUCGAGUAAACCAGCAGGUGGUAACAGUCACGACAGUGAUGACGGCCCAGCGGACUCUCUAGAAUGUAAAGACGGUCGUUGUACACCGCCGUCAUCGGCUACGAUGGCAUCUUUAUUGACGUCACCAUCAACGAUGGUGACGGCUUCUAACCAAGGAACCAAUGCCCAGCCAUUGCAGCACGAUGCUCUUUCCUUAGGACUGGGUUCGAGAAAUGAUGCCGGAAGGAGUUUCUCGCAGGAUAUAUCUUCGAAAAUGCAGAACAAUCAAGGUUGCCUGCAACAAAACACUCAGUUACCUGCCAGGCCACAAGACCCUUGCGCAUCUCCCCCAUCCUCCGGUUGCUCAACGCCAAAGUCCGGUGCCACGAACGUCGACAGCGGACCGCCUUUGCCUCCGUGGUCUCAUCGUGUGAGCCUUUCGAGCGAGAGAGAAGCCCAGCAGCUUGAGUUCGACCAUCCUCCCGAAGCCCUGUGGAGAAACUGCGCGAGGUUCAACAGCCGAAGGAGUUCAGCCCCGACCACGCUGGGUGGCGGGGAGCGUCAGGUCUCCUUCUGGGGAGACCAGAACCCUUCUAGAGACGAGGAGCUGUCGGGUCCUCCACCCCCGCCGUCGUCUCUCAUCGGAGCCCUUCGCAGAAGAUCGUCUGUACCCACAGAACAACAUCUUCCGGAGCUGGGGAACACCGAACUGGCCAAGCUGGCCCGCACCGCGGCCGCUGCGUUCGGCCGACGUCCGAUGCCCCGGACCUUGAUGCGGCGUCACAGCAUCGCGUUCCUGGAGCCCGUGGCCCCGUCCUCGGAGUCGGAGGACGGCUCGAGCACGUGCGCUACCUCCACCGCGUGCAGCACGCGCCGAGGCAGCUGCGUGCCGCCGCGGAGGAUCAGCGACAGCUCGAGGGACGAGGACGAGACGCGGGAUUUGUUCCUCCCGUUCGUCGCGUCCACGUCCUCCUCCGGCACGGCCACGUCACCGGGCGCCCUGCGGAGGCGUCGGGGCUCACUGCCGGCCGACGUCCCACUGCCGCUCAUGGUGUGCGCCGAGAAGCCCCCUGGGAGGACCGGCGUGUCCGUGGACCCGCUGGAUCCCACGCGGCGGCGAGGGUCGACAGGGGAGAUCCUCAGCUGUCUCAUCGGGCCGUACGGUGCCCUUCACGCCCUGCAGAACCUUCCUCGGCGGGGCUCCGGCGGCGGUCUCGAGCUCCUCAGCGGUCUGUGGCGAUCCCGCGGUGCAGCCCUCGGCGGAGGCUCGGACUGGUCCCCGGGCUCGUCGGUGAUCCCUCCGCAGCCGGUGUCCGUGGCCGGUCGCUUCAAGCUCCAGCGGCAAGCGUGCUCGCUCGAGUCGACGGGGCUACAGUCGACGUGCUCUUCGGCCGCCGGGAGCGUGUUCAGCACCACCCAGCGCAGAGGCUCCUUCCCGCUCGACUUCUCGCUCUUCUCCUUCAGCUCAGGGGAGCUGUUCUGUUGCGACGAUGGCGGCGACUAAUCCCAAACCGGUGCUCCACGGCUGAAAAACAACACCAAGAAAGGCAUCAUCAGCAAGCAGUAUGAGUCAAUCCGGCGACAUCAGCGCAACUAUGCAAGGCCGCACCAUUGCCAUGCCGUCAUCGAACACGUCGUCACAUCGACGACGAUGACGACGACGAAUGAGCAAGCAACCACCCACCACAACA